GUCUCGCCUGGUGUGAUGGGACGGCCGUAAUAAAUAAAUAGCUGGCCGGACCGUUCGGAUUAUUAUUCAGUUUAUAUCGCCUGUCAAGCAAGAAUAAAUCAUCGCGUCCAGUCUCAAAAUGGUGUCAGCGUACGCUCUUGUCUUUGUGGCUCUGAUGACCAUCCUGCUUUUCGUACUCAUGCGCAAAAAGAAAACGAACAUACCUGGUCCGCCUUUCUUCCAAGCUCUGAGAGAACUCUCCAGGAGCGUAAAGUCGAACUGUCUCCAUCUCGUGGCUGCCAAGUGGGCGGACAAAUAUGGCGACGUCGUGUUCGUGAACGCCAUCAUCCGCAAUGUCGUCUUCAUCAACAGUACCUCACUUACCCGCAAACUUUUCUCAGACUCUAGUACAAGAGACAUCAGCAACGACAGACCUUCUUCUUACCUAGGUAGAGUGUUUAUGAAAGGAUUCAAAGACGUUGGAACUGCCUCGUACGGGAAAGAAUUUGUCCAGAGGAGACGACUCUUUCACAAAGCUCUAAACUUCUACGGUGAAGGAGUCCAUUCCUUUGAAGAACUAAUGACAAACACAAGCAAACAUUUAAGUGAGCGCCUGGCAAAGUACCGUGGGAACACACCCCUAACGACAGAAAUCAAUGGUUACAUCGGCUGGGUAGUUGGACUUCUGCUCAAGGGAAAGGACAUUACUCAAGAUGACAUUGAUUCAGUGCAAACGUAUAUUGAAACGGGAAAUAAAUUAUUUUUAUUAGAAAAUGAAUUCUUCCUCGAAACAAUUCCGUCCAUAGCACAAGUUCCUGGUCUCUGGCUGAAUAAACUGGUGAAUAAGUUAAAAAAGGCGGACAUGGAGAUGGACGCAAGGUUCCUAACAUCUGUUCGAGAAACCUUCAAGAAAGGCGAAAAGACUGGCAUCAUUACAGAUUUGUUGGAGCAACAGAAGCAAUUGGAAAAGAACGGGAACUUUACUGACAUGUCCGAUGAAAUAGUGCAGGGUCUUGUCAAGAAUAUCCUUUUCGGAGCCAACCUUACGACAGCGGGGACUCUCAACUCUUUGUUUUUGCAGCUCAUGGUAAACCCUAAGUUACAGGAGCGUAUCUAUGCAGAGAUUUGUGAAGUUAUAGGUAGUGACCCUCCAAGUUUUGACCACAAACGUCUGAUGCCUUACACAGAAGCGGUGAUCCUAGAAGCAUUAAGAUAUAGUACAGUGACGCCAUUCCUUCUACCCCACUGCACCAAUGAAGACAUCAACCUCGAAGGUCAUUUCAUUCCAAAAGGAACCUCCAUUUUCCCGAACUCUUGGUAUUUCCACCACAGAGAAGAUUUGUGGGACAAGCCCUGGGACUUCAACCCAGACAGAUUCUUAGACGCCAACGGCCAACUGCUGCCUUCAGAGCACCCAACACGUCAGAACUAUCUGCCGUUCGGAACUGGCAGGCGUGCUUGCCCUGGGGAACGUUUCUCGAAGCUCCGCGUCUUUUUCAUCUUCGUCACUUUGGUCCAACAGUUUCGUUUUCUUCCUCCUGUUGGCGAGGAGCUCCCGUCAUUGAACCCGGAGACUUGGGAGGCGAAUUCUGUGAUUGCGCCGCCAGACUACUCAUGCCGCUUAGAGCGACGGUCUGCUGCGGAGACAGGAAUAGAACUCAUGGCUGAGAGGUAGAUGUAGUGGUGGGUCGGGGGAGGUUGGGAUUGUUGAGGGGGCGAGGGGGGAGUGGGAAAGGUGAAAUGGUGGUUGUCUGCUAACCCUACACCGAGCUGAAACGGCUCACAUUGGACAAUAUGACGUAGAAACGUAGAGCUGUGACCACCAUAAAGUAUAAUGUGUAUUUGAAGCCUCACGAUUGUCUUUUGCUAUCAUUCGAGGACAAGAAGGAGAA